UAUUUCCAGUCACUUUUCAGGAAGCAAUAUAUAAAGAGCCUCAGGCUUCUCUAUUCAUUGAGAUCUGCAAUAUUCUACACUAAGAUUUUGUGACAAUGGAUAGAAAAAGUCCGACUCACAAAAAAGUCAGACGAAAAGUAUACGAUGAAGUGGAUGCUUUCAAACUGAAAGAUAGCCCUGCCAUUCAACAGCAUUUUAAAAAUCACAACAAUGAAUGGCUGAUCGCUCACCCCGAAAAAUCCAUUGCCUAUUUUACACCAGUUAAGGAUGCAAAAGGGGAGCCAGCGACAUUUUACCUGCACACAUAUAGAAUGAUUAAACCCAUAGAGGCAUUGCCAGUGGCCAUCUGCUGCAGAAUAAAUGGCAAGAAUUACAUCCUGGAAGCAGAAAGCGAUUCUGUCAAACUUAGCGAACAGCAAUUGCCAAGAAAAAUUGAAAACAAGACUAGUAAAUUCAUUUUCUACCAGAAAAUAUUUUCACCUGGACACAAUUAUCUCCGUUUUGAGUCAUCAUCAGAGCCAGGAUUCUACCUUGCAUGGGACAGAGAAGAAAAGAAGUUAACACUAAAGUUGCCUGAAGAUCCCAUUGACGAGUACAUCAAAUUUUUGCUUGAUUAAAAAUGUGACAACACUUAAUGGGGGACAUAUUUAAAAAGUU